UUCCGUAGGCCGUGAAGAGGUGUUUCCAAAAUUGUGAGAGGAAGCGAGGAUCACGGUCAYUGAUGAUGUUCUCGGGGAGGACGUGAUGGCGAGCAACAUGGUCGAAGAAGAGUGUGGCGACGUCUUUGGCACUGUGCGAGGUCGUGCAAGGGAAGAAGUGGGCAUGUUUGGUCAAGCGGCAGACAAUGACGUAGAUGCAAUCAUGCCCGCGGUCGGUCUUCGGGAGGCCGCACACGAAGUCCAUGGAGAUGGACUGCCACCGUCGGCGGGCUUGGCAUGGAGUGAUAUCAUUCUCGGAGAGGACGAAGGAGACGAUGGUGUUGUCAGUGCGGAUGGUGAAGUAUUGCCCGUCGAGGUACGGGCGCCAGACUGUGAGGGCGUGAAUCACGGCGAGGAGUUCCUUCUCGUUAGAGGGGUAAUUCAUCUCCGCGGGAAGGAACUUCCUGCUUGCGAAAGCGAUGGGGUAUUCGCCAGGUGGAGCCUCGGGGUGAGUGGGCGAGUCCUUGAUGGAGGGGGUCUCGACGGUGUCGUGGGGGAAAUGUUGGGACAGUACGGCUCCRAUGGCGAAGUCGGAGGCGUCGGUGAUGACAUAGAAAUGGCGAGUGGGGUCGGUGAUCUUGAGGACAGGGGCCGUGGUGAUGGUUUGCUUGAGCUCGUCCUUGCGGGUGAGUUUGUGGAGAGGGUAAGAGAUCUCGGAAAAGUUGCAAAUGAACGGGCGGUAAUAGAUGGCAAGGUCGAGGAAGGAACGGAGUUGGAGGAGGGUCUUGGGUGGGGGGUACUCAACGAGGGUUGUGACCUUCGAGUGGUCUAUACGGAUGCCUUCAGCGGAGAUAAUGUGGUCGAGGUGGGACUCCAAGGUGGGGUUGAAGACAAGGAUGUCAUCAAGAUAGACAACGACACAGACUUCGAGGAGGUUGUGGAAGAUGUGGUUCAUGGUCGAUUGGAAGGUAGCGGGGGCAUCGGUGAGUCCGAAUGGCAUCUCGAGGAACUCGUAGUGCCCGAACCUAAGGCGGAAGGCGGUCUUGUGGGUGUCCUCCUCGCGGAUACGGAUCUGGUGGAAGCCACUGCGAAGGUCAAUCUUGGUAAAAUACUUGGCUUCACGGAGACGAUCAAGGAGCUCGAAAAUCCGAGGUAUGGUGAACUCGUCCGAGGAAGGGAUGGAGGUGGUGUCUUCAGGGGUGAUGUGAUGGAAAAAGCGGGUGCGGGAGGGGGCGGGCGAGGGCUGGUGAUGGGGGUGGAGGAGUCGAUCGUGGUGAAGCAUGCGAGAGCGGAGGUCAGCAGGGGGCAUGUCGGGUUCGUGGGCGAGGGCGGUUGCAAGGUUUUUGUGGCAUACUCGUUUGAUGCGGGAGAUGAACGCAAAGUCGGGAAUGACGGUGGUGGGGAGGUGGUGGUGGAGGGAGCGGACAUAUUGGACGAAGCGGUCCGUGGGACCGGUCUGGCGGAGGUGGCAGAAUUGUUCAAGGUAGUCAUCAAUGGUUUUCUGGGGGCGAAAAGUGGCAGUGAGAAGGUUGGCCCAUUGGAGGAAGGUGUGACGUGGUCCUCCGGAGGCUCGGCGGUUGCUGACUUCAGCCAUCCACCAUUUGGCGGCAUUGCCGAGGAGGCGGGAGGUGGCAAUGGGGAGCCAGUGGGCAAGGGGCAUGUGGUGGAGCUGAAAAGAGUUCUGGAGCUGGGUUAGGAAGAGGAAAACGUCCUCGUGGGGGAGGCCGGAGAAGGACAUGAUGUCGCCGGAUC